GGCAUGGCGCUGAGGGCGCUGCCGCUGCUGCUGCUGCUGCUGGCGGCGGGCGCGCUGGGCAAGCCCAUGGCGCGGCCGGAGCGGGCCCGGCCCGGAGCCGCGCCGCACGAGGACCGGCCCGGCUUCCAGUACGACCACGAGGCCUUCCUGGGCAAGGAGGAGGCGCGGAGCUUCGACCAGCUCAGCCCGGAGGAGAGCCGGGAGCGCCUGGGGAAGAUUGUGGAUAGAAUAGAUGACAACAAAGACGGCUAUAUCACAACAGAGGAAUUAAAAACCUGGAUUAAACGAGUACAGAAACGCUACAUCUAUGAAAAUGUGGCUAAAGUUUGGAAAGACUAUGAUUUAAACAAGGAUGAUAAAAUUGCCUGGGAAGAAUACAAACAAGCCACAUAUGGUUAUUAUCUAGAAAAUCCAGAAGAAUUCCAAGAUGCAACUGAUCAGCACAGUUUUAAGAAAAUGCUGCCCAGAGAUGAAAGACGAUUCAAAGCUGCAGAUCUGGAUGGGGACUUGGCUGCCACUCGUGAAGAGUUCACUGCUUUCCUGCACCCAGAGGAGUUUGAGCACAUGAAAAACAUUGUUGUCUUAGAAACCUUAGAAGACAUAGACAAAAACGAGGAUGGUUUCGUGGAUCAAGAUGAAUACAUUGCUGAUAUGUUUGCAAAUGAAGAGGGUGGACCAGAGCCUGACUGGGUGAUUACAGAGCGUGAGCAGUUUUCAGAUUUUCGUGAUCUCAACAAGGAUGGAAAGAUGGACAAAGAUGAGAUCCAGCACUGGAUCCUCCCCCAGGACUAUGACCAUGCCCUAGCUGAAGCCAGGCACUUAGUCUAUGAAUCUGAUGUAGACAAGGAUGAAAAACUAACAAAAGAGGAAGUUCUAGACAACUGGAAUAUGUUUGUUGGAAGUCAAGCUACCAAUUAUGGGGAGGAUCUCACGAGAAACCAUGAUGAACUAUGAUACAGUGUCCCAGCCAGUGUGCCAGACAUCUUUCCUCCACUUUACUGAAAUCACCGUGUCCAUUCCCUCCUGGAGGGAAGAUGGGCAGCAGACACUCACAACUGAAUGACUUGCAUUAAUAUUAUUUUUAACAUGCCAGCUUAUUACCUCAGAAUCAAUGUAGAAAUAGCUUUUUUACUCUUUUCACAUGGUUAAAUUUGGUAUGUAGUUACUACAGUUUUAUUUUUGAAAAAAUAAGGUAAAUUUUCAGAAUAGGUUAGAGCCUGACAUGGAAAAGGAACUUCUAAAAACAUUGCAAAAAUCUUUUGUAUCCAAGUAUUUUCUUCAAAUACCCACUUUCACCACAGUGAAAUGCACCUAGGAUUAGAACCCUAAUGUUUAAACAGACUUAAGUUAUUUAGUUGUCUUUUCUAAUAGCAUGUAACAGUUUAGAGGUAACCCUUUGAGCCUCCUACCCAGAGAAGGGUUUGAUACCUGCUUUGUCUCCAGGCAGUUUCUGUGUGCCAGUUGGGUCAGUGCUGCUGCAGGAGUUUCCAGCAGCUCCCCAGCUCCUGCUUCAGUGUGCAAAUGCACAAGUGGUCCUUGUCCCUGACCCUGGCAUUUCCAGCCAGGGAUGCAGAGCCCAGCCUGGCAGCUGCUCCUUCCACAACCCUUGGCCCUGCUGCUUCCUGGGAGGAACUGUGCCACAUGGAGCAUAAUUUAUCUCCUGCUUUUCACACUUCACCCCAGCCCUACUCUUGUUCAUGCUGUGUGAAUGGCAGCAGUUCUGUGAUGGAGAAAGAAUGAGACAUAUCACCCCUCUGGGCCUUCUGUCUCCUCUGCCACUACGAGGACAGAUUCUUGUGCCUGAAGUUCUGGGUUUGUGUGUAUAUACCUUUAAGUACAUGUUACUGAAACAACUCUAAAGACAGCUCUCCUUCCAAAAAAGGGGGGAAGCUUUCCACACAGGUGCUUUCUUUCUUACUGUAUAAUGUGAGUUGUUACAUGUAUAUUUUUAUAUAAACAACUUCUCUAAGGUUUUGAUUGUUUUUAACUGUACUGGUUUUAAAAUAAGGACAAUAAAACCAAUACUUCUUUUUGAUACUGUGAAGGUGCAAUAACACUAACACAGAUUAGCAGAGAGGUGAUGUGAAAACAUAAACCAAGCCUCUAAGGCCAGUAGUUACCAAAGCACUGGGAUGGUCAUUUCCAAAAGCAUCUGGACAUAAAGCCCCAACUGUUCUUUGUUGCCUCAUUAAAUAAAAAGAAAAGCCAAAAAGAAGUGUAGUAUGCAUAGCCAGAAUAACCAGAAUUUGUUCUGGACACUAAUACUGGGAGAUAGGACUCCACAGAAGCAUUCUCUGGGAGGUUCCUGGAAGGUUUGGUGUAAAGCAUCACACCCUGGUCCCGUAACCAUCCAGAGGGGACCUUUGAGACUCUGAGAUGUUCCUGCAGUUCAACACGUUUGUGAAAAUCAUCGGGAGACAGGGCAGAACUGUGACCUCUGUAAACAGUAUCAUUUUUAUAAGGUCAUACAAGAACAGUGGUGGAAUAUUUUACAUCUUACAGUUGAAGAUAAUGAAAUGUAAAUUGCUGAGUCUGAUAGAGAUUACAUGUCACUACUGCUAAGUAGUGGUACCACUAAGCUUUUGGGGUGCACGUCUCGUGACAUUGCCAGCAAUGUCUCUGAAAAAUCCCCACCUCGCCCACUUAUGGCUAACAUACAGUAGGGCAAAUGUCAUAAAAGUGAACUAGUUUUGCUUUUACAGUACCCUCAAGUUAAAUAAGAGCCUAAAUGCCAUGUUAUCUGGGAAGCAAUAAAAUUGUAUCUUGGCACAUGUAAA